AUGGGGGUCCGAGCCCAGAGCUCAAAAGGCCCAUGCAGAAGAGUUAAUGCAGCAGGCCUAAUGUCUAUUUUUGAAAGGACUGCUUACAAGGCUGGCUCUUGGCUGCACCUGGGAACUUGGAAUUCAGGAGGGUUUCCACACAGUGGAGAAUUUACAGUUUCCCUCAGUGAUGUCUUAUUGACCUGGAAAUACUUUCUACAUGAGAAGUUGAACCUACCAUUUGAAAAUACAGAAGUGAUUGACCAUUAUGAGGACAUUAGGAGGACUUACGAUGAUUUCUUAAAGAAUAGUAAUAUGGUAGAUCUGAUUGAUGUUUAUAAAAAAUGUAGUGUUUUGAUUUCUAGUUGUGAAAAUAAUGCCAACAUAUCCCCUAGUCAGCUACGCGAUUUUCUUUCUGGGAGACAGUAUGUAGUAACUGAUGAAACUGAUCUUUAUGUACCAACAUCACCAAUGAGUAAACACAACCAGGAUAAUGAAAAGGUGCAGUUACUAGCAAGAAAAAUUAUCUACUCAUAUUUAAGCCUGCUUGUGAAUUCAAAGAAUGACCUGGCUCUGGCUCAUGUUCUCAAUAUUCCUGAUAGAGGACUUGGAAGAGAAGCCUUCACUGAUUUGAAACAUGCCGCUCAAGAGAAAAAGAUGUCUAUCUUUUUGGUGGCCACAUCAUUUAUUAGAACACUGGAGCUUGGAGGGAAGGGAUAUGCACCAUCACCAUCUGAUCCUUUAAGGGCACAUGUAAAAGGACUGUCUAAUUUUAUUAACUUCAUUGACAAUUUAGAUGAGAUUCUUGGAGAAGUACCAAAUCCAAGCAUUGCAGGGGGUCGGAUACUCUCAGUGAUAAAGAUGCAGCUGAUUAAAGGCCAAAACAGCAGGGAUCCUUUUUGUAAAGCAGUAGAGGAAGUCACUCAGGAUUUGGAUUUGAGGAUUAAAAAUAUUAUCAAUUCUCAACAAGGAGAUGUAGUUGUUAGUACCACUGACAUUAGUCCUGCACGGCCAAAAUCUUAUGCCAUAAACCAUGGGACUGCAUAUUGUGGCAGAGAUACUGUGAAAACUUUACUAGUUCUUUUGGACGAAGAAGCAGCCAGUAUGCCUACCAAAAACAAAGCAGAGCUUUUAUAUGAUGAUGAAAACACAAUUCAUCAUAAUGGAAUUUCUAUUCUUACACUUUUUAGAUCUCCCACACAAGUGAAUAAUUCAUCAGUGAAAGCCCUAAGAGAACGCAUCCAUAAGUCAAUGCAAGAGAAAAAAAUUAAGAUGAAACAAACCUUAAUUAGAUCCCAGUUUGCUUGUACUUAUAAAGAUGACUGCACAAUAAACAAGGAUAAAUGGAAUGAUGUUAAUUCAGCAUCCAAGCCUUUGUAUGAACUUCCCAUGGAAAAUGACCUUUCUGAAGGUGUAAAUUCAUCUGUUGGAAGGCCAGCAAUUGGAACAAGUUCUGGAAAUGUUCAUCUGGAUAGAAGUAAAAUUGAAAAAGUGGCAAGAAAAUCAAGUAGUCAGACAGGAAAUAAAAGCUCAAAAAGGAAACAGGUGGAUUUAGAUGAUAAAAAUAAUCUCUGUGAUAGUGGAAAUGAACCACCUCAACAUAAAAAUAUUAAGAUACCUGAGACAUCAAACAAUUUCCAGAAUAAAUCGUGUGGCAAAGUAGCCAGAGUAGCAAAAAACAAUAAGUGUACAGCCAAGGACAAAUUGAUUACUGGCCAGACAAAGCUAACUCAAUUUUUUAGACUAUGAAUUAGGUUUUUAUGUGCUUUAGAUUUCUGUGUAUAUUAAACUAUUUGCCAAAGGCAUCUACUUAAUUUUUAAGAGAGCAAGGGAUAGGUUAUGAUUCUUUAUUAUGUUGGUCUGAAGUAUAUAUAAGGUUAGUAA